GUGCCAUUAUUUGGUUGCCAUGGCAGCAGCUACUGUGGGAGCGAUCUUGUGCCACAACAUUGAUAUCGAAUGAAAACUAAUCAUCUUUGUGUGUUAGUGGUACCGGGUGCGGUAGUACGGUAGAAAUGGCAGAUGUUCCUGCGGAAGCUCCCGAACACUGUCCUGGGACACAAAGUGAAUCUGCAGGCAAAGAAUCGGCCUGCCAGGGUUGUCCCAAUCAACAGAUAUGUGCGUCUGGUGCGGCAAGGCAGCCUGAUCCAGGUAUUGAACUGGUUAAAUCGAGAUUGUCAUCAGUGAAACACAAGAUUUUGGUGCUGUCUGGAAAAGGAGGAGUUGGAAAGACAACAUUCACAUCAUUGUUGUCUCGGGGUCUAGCAGUAACUAACCCUGAUAGGAAUGUUGCUGUGUUGGAUAUAGAUAUCUGCGGACCUUCCAUUCCUCGAAUAAUGGGGGUGCUUGGGGAACAGGUUCAUCAGAGCCUCUCUGGGUGGUCACCUGUGUUUGUAGAUGACAAUUUGUCUGUCAUGUCUAUUGGAUUCCUUUUGGAGAGUCCAGAAUCAGCCAUCAUAUGGAGAGGCCCAAAGAAGAAUGGCAUGAUACGGCAGUUUCUCAGUGAUGUUGACUGGGGUGAGUUGGAUUAUCUUGUGAUUGAUACUCCACCUGGUACAUCAGAUGAACAUUUAUCAGCUGCUCAGUAUUUAAGUAAUGCUGGGCUAACGGGAGCUGUAAUUGUUACAACACCUCAAGAAGUUGCUUUACUGGAUGUCCGAAAGGAGAUUGAUUUCUGCAGGAAAGUUCAAAUUCCUGUUUUAGGUGUUGUAGAGAAUAUGGCUGCAUUUGUCUGUCCAAAAUGCAAGGUGCAGUCAGAGAUAUUUCCAGCAGCAACUGGAGGUGCAAGGAAAAUGGCAGCUGACUUGAAUGUUCCAUUCUUAGGUAGUCUUCCAUUAGAUCCUCUUCUUGCUCGUGCCUGUGAUGAAGGCAAGAACUUUCUCACUGAGGUCCCCCAAUCCCCUGCUGCAGUUGCAUUUGCUUCUAUACUGCAUGGCAUCACAACAGCAUGUGAAAGUAAGCCAAGUGCCAUGGAUAUUGGCUAACAAUUUUCACGAACAAAAUCUUGAAGAAGUUAUACGUAUCUGUGAUAAACAUUACAUAUGUAUAUAAUAUUUUUUAUUCAUAGCAUCGUGCAUAGGUACAAUUUCACUGGCUGUCACUUGCUCAUACGUGUUUGAAAUUAAUUUAAUGUUAUUUUGAAUCCUGAUUUUUUUAUGUAUUUGUUUUGCAUUUGUUUGAGAAUAGAAAUAUUUUGAGUA